AUGAAGAACAACAACAACAACAGCACAAAGACUAAUUUGAUCCUCUUCCACCACCACCACACUCCUCUAACCUCAAAAUCAGCUUCAGCCGUCGCCGCCGCGAACCACCACCGUCUCUUAUUCGUCUUCUUCCUCACUUUCUUCACUUUCAUCUUCUCUUUCUCUCUCUUCUCAUCCUCCCUCCACUCCACCGCCGCAACCUCCUCCAGCUCUCUCUCCUCAUCUUCCCCCUCCUCCUCCCUCCCGCCACCGAUCCUCGCCGCGCUCCUCCACUUCACUUCCUCAACACCACCAAACACCUCAAUGUCCUUCUCCGAGCUCUCCGCCAUCUCCUCCGCCAUCAACUCCAAAUCCCCAAACUGUAACCUCCUCGUCUUUGGCCUGAGCCACGAGUCUCUCCUCUGGAGAUCCGUCAAUUUCAAUGGCCGCACUGUCUUCGUCGACGAAAAUCCUUACGCCGUUUCCAAAUUCGAGCAGAGUAAUCCCGGAGUCGAAGCUUACGACGUCGUUUUCUCGACCAAAGUCUCUCAGGCGGGUAAGCUUCUGGGUUAUUAUAAAACCCGACCCGAAUGUCGACCCGUUCAGAAUCUGUUGUUCUCAGAUUGCAAAUUGGGGAUCAACGAUUUGCCCAAUUUUGUAUACGAGGUCGAUUGGGAUGUGAUUUUGAUUGACGGGCCUUUCGGGUACGCGGCUGAUUCGCCGGGAAGAAUGGCUCCGAUUUUUACGGCGGCGGUUUUGGCGAAGAGUAAAGACUCCGGGAAGAAGAAGAAGAGGAAGAAGACGACGGAUGUUUUUGUACAUGAGUUUGGGAGAAAGAUUGAGAGAGUUUACAGUGAGGAGUUUCUAUGUGAGGAGAAUCUAGUUGAAGUCGUCGGAGAUUUAGGGCACUUCUCCGUGGCGGCGGCGGGAGAUAGUGAAAAUGUAGGAAAUGGGUUUUGUCGGAAUUCGACGAAAUUGUCGGAGCCUUUUACGCCGGAAAAUGGUGGCGAUGGAGAAGAGGUCGGUGCUGAUGAUGACUGA